AUGUUUCUUUUUCAGCAUUUUAAUAAUUUUGACCGUAACAGACUGCAUAUUAGUGAGAAUAACAAACGAAAUAUUCAUGGCGUUCCAGAACUAGAACCUAAAGUAUCAGGAAGGUCAGUAAGUCCAGUGCGACCAAUAACAUCUCCAGUUUCUUCAUCAAAAAACACUUCUUGGCAUCCAUAUGUAAAAGGAGCAAACAAUAACUAUAACCGAUUAAACAAACCGUUAAAAGACGGUUAUCGUUCGGCUACACCUAUACCAUCCUUUGACAUCUUACCUGCAUCAAUUCCACGUAUCGAAAUUAACAAAGCCUUCAAUGACAAGCGAAUUCAUUGCAAUACCACGUCAACUUUUUACGACCACUCACCACGAUCUGAUGAUUCCUGUGGUUUUUUUUCUCAUUCAACUCAUUCUGAUAGCGCGGAUACAAUACCAUCAGGAAAUGCUAUUUCUAUAGUUGAUACAAUGAUCCCACUCAAAAAAAUUACGAAAGAAAGCCGCUGGGUAUCGGUACACGAUGGACGACCAGUUACCCCUUACAUUAAAACUGUUGCAUAUGUUCCCAAAUAUUCCAAUCAUGAAUAUGUUCAGAAUACGUACAACGGCAGGAAUUAUCACUGUAAUAAUGGCUACAACGUACAAUCAAAGCAAGUAAGUUACAAGGACGAAAAGUAUGCAUCAAAAGCUAAUACCACUCUCAAAAGUACCAGUUCCUAUGAUCCGUGUUCUAUUUUUGUUGAGAAUCCAUCGUACAAAGAUUGA